AUGGCCUACUACGGAGACGGCGGCAGCACCCCUAGCAGCCCCUACAUGAACGUUACAGCCGGUAUGGGUGACUCCCUCGGUCCCAAGGACCCCCUGACCCCUGGCGAAAUCGCCGGCAUCGUCUGUGCAGCCAUCAUGGUGGCCACCCUCAUCGGAGUCGCCUUCUACAUGAGAUACCGCCGCGGCAAGCACAUGCCUCCCAAGCCUCGCAGCGCAUACCACGGUGCCUACAAGGCCGACGAUCCUCGGUACUGGAACCCGGAGGGACAGCACUCGACGAUCCUGAACUGGAUCGAGUUCAAGCCCGACGCGCCGGGAAGCGCGAGCGGAUCUACGCUGCAUGGCCACGCUGCCACCAACGCUGGUCACGGUGAUGGAGAGGGCGUCACUGCCCAGAGCCAGGCACGCAAGAAGACCUGGGCUCCGUGGACUCAUCCCAAGGCCAAGCUGUUCCUGAACUCCCAGGCGCACCUUGCGCACGGCAUGGUCUGA